AUGCUCUCACGUGUUGCUGCAGUGAAGGCACCCCGCACACACAACCGUCGCUGCGUGACCGGAUCCCGCGGAAGGAGGAGGGAAGGAAGAGAGAGUGAGCGGCAGAGGCCCAACAUGUCCCGGCGUGUGUUUACUUCCGCGGUGCUGCUCCUCCUCGUCGUGUUGAUGUGCGGCACUGGAGGAGCUGUGAAAGCUGCUGAGCCAGCGUCAGGUCAGGGAUCUUUACCGAAGUCACCCUUUGAUUGGAGGGAUACAAAGGAUGAAGAAACAGUGAGUUCGCUUCGUGUUCCAGUCCUUGUUGAGGUGAAUGGUGGUGUGUUUGCCGUUGCCGAGGCGCAGUGCACGAAGGAUGGUGUCAGUUUUACUGGCAUUGCAUCCCAACUUCUCACGAACACAGCGGAUAACAAACCGAAGGAAGUGCUGGAGGAUGCCAAGGAGAAACCACAAGUUCUGGAAGAAGACAUUUCCACGGAGAAGAAGAAAGUAGAUGUGAGCCGACCAACAGUUGUUGUGAGUGGAAAUAAUAUUUACAUGCUUGUUGGAAAACACAGCCAUGAAGAUGCCGCUAACUGUCAGGCUGGGACUGAGAACAUCAAAUCGGGAAUGUUGCUGGUGAAGGGUGAGCUCGGUGAAGCCGACAAAAAAAUUGAUUGGAAAACUACUGACGGUGUACCGUGCACUCUAGGCGAGAAACACGAAUCCUUGUCACAGCUGAUUGGCGGCGGUGGAUCGGGUGUCAAGUUAACUGACGAUACGCUUUUGUUUCCGGUGGAAGCCACGAAGAAUGUAAAGGAUGGAAGGACAAAGACCGUUUCGCUGAUUAUAUACACAGCCACUACCAGUUGGAAUCUGUCGAAGGGGAUGUCUGCCGAUGGCUGCGGUGAUCCCUCCGUCGUGGAGUGGAAGGGAAAACUCAUGAUGAUGACUGCGUGUGAUGAUGGCCGCCGCAGGGUGUACGAGUCCGGUGACAAGGGGGAUUCGUGGACGGAGGCACUCGGGACACUCUCGCGCGUGUGGGGCAACGACGAGGGAAAUGUGUGGGGCGUUAGAAGCGGUUUCAUCACAGCGGCUCUUGGUGUUGAAGAUGAUAAGAGGAAUGUGAUGCUCGUUACUCUGCCGGUGUAUUCAAAGGAAGAAAAAAAUGGAAAAGGCGUACUCCAUCUUUGGCUGACGGACAACACGCACAUUGUUGAUAUUGGGCCGGUAUCCGGGGAAGAUGACGUUGCCGCCAGCUCCCUGCUGUACAAAAGUGGAGAUAAUAAUGAGGAGAAGUUGAUUGCACUGUACGAGAAGAAAGGCGGUGAGGGAUCAUCACUCGGUAUGGUCUCUGUGCUUCUGACUGAGCAGCUGAAGCGGGUGAAGGAUGUGCUGGCGACGUGGAAGGAAGUGGACGGACGUGUCUCCAAGCUGUGCCCCACUUUACUUGCUGAGAAGGAUGAAUCAACUGAAAAUGCCUGCAGCACUACUGUUAAGAUCACGGCUGGGUUGGUUGGCUUUUUGUCCGGCAACUUCUCUGAUAACACAUGGAGGGACGAGUACUUCGGCGUGAACGCCACAGUAACUAAUAAAGAUCUUGGGGUGGAGAAAACGGAAAAUGGCAUAACAUUUAAAGGACGUGGUGCGUGGGCGGAGUGGCCCGUUGGCAGUCAGGGGGAGAAUCAGCUGUACCACUUUGCGAACUACAACUUCACUCUUUUGGCGACGGUGUCCAUCCACGGUGUGCCGGAGAGCGGCAGCCACAUUCCUUUAAUUGGUGCGAAGAUGAAUGACAGUGAGAAGACUGUACUCGUGGGACUGUCAUACAACAACAAAGAAAAGAAGUGGAUAUUACUGUGCGAUGGCGGAGAGAACAAGGAGCACAGCAGCCAUUUGGGGACAGAGAAUUCAGAACACGUGGUAAUUUUGCUACGGAACGGCAACCAGAGCUCCGCGUACGUUGGUGGUAAGCGUGUUUGUGGAAAUGUGCAACGUGAAUUGAAAAACACGGAUCCGAAAGAGAUCUCACACUUCUACAUUGGAGGGGAUGGAGGCAGCGCAGAGGGCCAAGAGGGCGUGUCUGUGACCGUAACGAACGUUCUGCUGUACAACCGCCCGCUGACUGAAGAGGAGGUUGGCGCCCUCAACCCGAAUAAAGCCCCCAUUACGUCUCCGGUGACCGAAAAUGCGCCGGAAACCGUGUUGCAGCCUCCUGCGAAACCACAGCCGUCGGAACACGAACCGUUGACGACGAAUAUUGGUGCUGGCGGUGUACCCAGUGCAGCUUCCACUGCUACGACUCCCUCGUCUGAUGUUGACCCAACGGUGGCGACAGGAGGUGGAGAUACGAUGCGGGGAAAUGAAUCUCCCCAAACUCCUGAAGUGAGCGCUAGCUCUGGUGAGGAUAGGGAGACGGCGGGAAUAACGGAUGCGCAGGGAGAGGAGGAUGAAAUCCAUCCACAGGCCGGGGAAUUAAAUGCCACGGCACUCAACAGCAGCCUCGGACAUUUGUCGCAGGGGAAUAACAGCGAUGGCGGCACCAUGCGUGAGAGCAGACGGCUGCCGUCGCUGCUUCUUCUGUUGGGACUGUGGGGGUUUGCGGCUCUGUGA